UGGCCGUCGCCAUGGUGCCCAGGGACGCAUCUGCACACUGCUGCAUCCAGCGUCCGGAGCCCCAGGGUCGCUUCCAGUCUUCCUCAUCUACAUAAGAAGAAGGAUGUGACUCAGAGCCUGGAGAACUACACCUCCAAGUGUCCUGGGACGAUGGAGCUCAUCACUCUCCCAGAUGGCCUCACCCUGACCCUGUGCCCUUCACCAAGCUCCCCAUUGUCAGAUUUCCAGUGGGUUCAAGGGGACGUAUGUGAAGUCCAGCUGAUGGUGUACAACCCCAUGCUGUUUGAGCUUCGAGUGCAGAACAUGGGGCUGCUGACCAGUGGAGUGGAAUUCGAGUUGCGCCCCGCAGCGCUCUCCCUUCCGGCCGAGUCUGGUCUGUACCUGGUGACGCUCGUAGGGGUCCCACAGACGACUGGAACGAUCACCGUGAACGGUUACCACACCUCCGUCUUUGGUGUUGUCAGUGACUGCCUGCUGGACCACCUCCCGGGAAUAAAGACCAGCGGCUCUACUGUGGAAGUCAUCCCCGCUUUGCCAAGACUGCAGAUCAGCACCUCCCUGCCCAGAUCGGCACACUCAUUGCAGCCUUCCUCUGGUGACGAGAUAUCUACCAACAUGUCUAUGCAGCUGUUCAACGGGGAGACUCAUCAACUCGCCGUCACCUUAGAAAACAUUGGCCUGGAACCCCUGGAGACACUGCAGGUCACCUCCAAACUGCUCCCCACCAAGGAGAAACUGUAUGGCAACUUCCUGAGCUGGAAGCUGGAAGAAACCCUUGCCCAGUUCCCCCUGCAGCCUGGGCAAGCAGCCACCUUCACUGUCACCAUCAAAGCGAGCCUGGACUUCUCCUGCCAGGAGGGUGUCCUGCAGGACCUGAGUGACGAUUUCCAGUGGGUUCAAGGGGACAUGUGUGAAGUCCAGCUGAUGGUGUACAACCCCAUGCUGUUUGAGCUUCGAGUGCAGAACAUGGGGCUGCUGACCAGUGGAGUGGAAUUCGAGUCGCGCCCCGCAGUGCUCUCCCUUCCGGCCGAGUCUGGUCUGUACCUGGUGACGCUCGUAGGGGUCCCACAGACGACUGGAACGAUCACCGUGAACGAGAAACUGUACGGCAACUUCCUGAGCUGGAAGCUGGAAGAAACCCUUGCCCAGUUCCCCCUGCAGCCUGGGCAAGCAGCCACCUUCACUGUCACCAUCAAAGCGAGCCUGGACUUCUCCUGCCAGGAGGGUCUCCUGCAGGACCUGAGUGAUGGUACAGCAGAGAGCAGGCUGCUGGAUGCUGUGGAGGCAUGGGGGGAGUCUCUGGUGCUGGACGUUGUUAAGUGCCCUCUCGCACCAACUCUGUGAGGUAGAUACUGGUUUUCAAUCACUGCUUGAUAGAAACAAUUAGAAAGACUGCUCUUGCUUAAAGAUAGAAGAGAAAGAACAAUCUAGUGCUAUGCACUGUCCUUUUUUUAAAAAAGAUUUAUCUUAUUUAUUUGAAAGUCAGAGUUACAGAGAAAGGUAGAGACAGAGAGAGAGAGAUCAUCCAUCCACUGGUUCACUCCCCAGAUGGCCGCACGGCCAAAGAUACAUGCUUUGCAACUGUUAGUUGACCUCUACAUUUUGCUGAGUGUCUCUUUGGCAGUGCAGAAGAUUCUCAAUUUGUUGUUGUUGUUGUUGUUGUUGUUGUUUGGUGUCCUCUGAUAGGAAACUAGGAGCUUCAUCCUGGUAUCACAGGUGGGUACAGGGCCCCAAGGACUUCGGCCAUCCUCCACUUCUGUUCUGGGAAAGAUUGAUUUUUUAUGGUAGGCAUCCUUGCAUUUCCAGAGUAACUCUCAGUUGCGCACAAUGUGCUAAGCCUUGGUUGUGCUUCUGGAUGGCGUCUAGUCAUAUUUUGUUGAGGCAUAUGACACAUUCACGAUGGAUAUAUAUAUAAAUAUAUAUAUAUAUGCCAUUUUCUUUAUGAUGUGCUUGUUUGGGAUGUUGGGAUAAUGCUGGUCUGAUGGAAUGAAAUGGAAGGCUUUUCCUCUUCAUCUUCUAUUUGGAAGGGUGUGCGAAUCACGGAUUUUAAUUAUCUUCUAAAUGGGAGUUCUCACCAAUGGAGCCAUCUGGUCCUGGACUUUCCUUCAUGUUCUUCAUGUCUUUUUUGUUUGUUUUGGUUUCCCUGCUACUACAGUGUCUUUGGAAAUUAUAAGUGUAUUCAGAGUUUCUUGUUUCACUGUAUUCAGUUUUAGUGGUUUGCAUCUUUUGGAGAAUCAAGCCACUCUAUCUAGGUUGACCAAAUCCCCGUGCCUUGGUUUUUCCCCAGUAUUUUUGGUUUAUUAUUUUGGCAAGGUUGGUAGUGAUGUCCUCUCUGUCAUUUCUGUUGUCAAGUCACUUGAGUCUGUUCUCCUUUUUUUCCUCUGUUUCCUGAGGAUAAACGUUUUGUCAGUUUCACUAAGUUUUCCAGAACUGUAUUUUGGUCUCACUGAAUGUCUGUUGUGAUAUUUUCUAUGCCGUUGGGUUGAUUUCUGUUUGCAUCUUUUCCUCCUUCCAAUUUCUUAAAUUUACUUUACUGUUCUAGUGUUUAAGGUAGUUAAAACUGGAUUUAUAGAUCCGAUGUCUGUAUUCUGUAAUAUAUACCUGCAGAGCAAUACAAUUUCUCAUGUGAAAUUGGUCCUGUCAACAUGAAAAACUGUAUGGCUGUACCCACUACUGGGAACAUAUUGAAGGAAAUGAAAUCAUUGUGUAGA